AUGAUUCAAGAUGUCGAUGAGUUGCACCAAAACGAGGCAGUCUUUGCUGCCAGUGGCCAGUCGAGCCUAGACCUCCGCCGAGCCAUGGGUCCUUCCAUCAUCGCGCCCAGAAUGCAAUAUCGAAGUCGACCGGUCUCUGUAGCUGUAGACCCCGUGUCUCUGGUAAUGUCCGAGUGUAUCUCGAUAACGUCGGCAAUACAAAAACAUGCGCGCUCGCCACAUUCCUCUGUGUCGGCCAUCCUGGGCGGAAGCCCAAAUCCGAUUCACUUAGGGACGCAGAGCCCUUCGCCAAGGGGCCCGAAAGCUCCUGGUACCGCUCUCAAUGUCGAAGAGUCUCAGGAUGUCGCAUCCUCCAAUCGAUGGGGCCUACGUGGAAAGAAGGGCCGUAGCAUACAAGAUAAUCCUUUGAUGGCUGGAUUUGGAAAGCUACGUCACGAACUGGCCAGCGUUAAAGAGAUUCAUUCGUUCGACGCCCUUUCUCUACUCAACCCCUUCUUGCAAAUAAUCCAAACCAAAGGCACCGCCGCUCCUAUAACUAUCCUCACUCUCGGGGCACUCCGCAAGUUCCUCGCAUAUGGUUUUAUCAGUCCCGCCUCGCCACGAUUUGCUCUUGCAAUGCAAUCCCUAUCCGCGGCAGUUACUCGUUGUCAAUUUGAUGGCAGCGAUUCUGGCCAAGUAGAAGUUGUGCUCCUGAUGAUUCUUCAUCUCAUGGAAGAUAUGAUGUCGGGACCGGGUGGUGAUAUAUUAAGCGACGAAAGUGUCUGCGACAUGAUGGGCAGAGGAUUGGCUAUCUGCUCACAACCUCGUUUCUCACCUGUUCUCCGCCGAACUGCCGAGGCUUCAAUGGUUCGCAUGUGCCAAAUAAUUUUCGAGGAUGUCAAACAUCUCGAGGUUGAGGCUGGUGACGAGUCGGAUGCUCUUGAUAAGCAGACAAGUGCAGACAUGGACAGCGUUAAGAUGGAUCCAGCUGCUAAUACCACGGCUGGCCUGCAAACUUCGGCACCCGAAUCUGAGACCCGCUUGUCGACAUCGAGUUCGAGGCCGUUGGACCCGAAUCAACCGCUUCAAGGAGACUCAGACUCUGGUGAAAGUAAGCCCGAAGUCACUGCAGGUGGUGAUCUGGAAGGCACAGGUGAUGACGAUGGCGAAGGUGAUGGCGAAGAGAGCUCCGAUUCUCUGGACCUGCGACCCUACUCGCUCCCAUCGGUUAGGGAGCUCUUCCGGGUCUUGGUCAACUUUUUGGAUCCCAACGAUCGCCAACACACAGACACAAUGAGGGUUAUGGCUCUGCGCAUAAUUCACGUUGCUCUCGAGGUCUCGGGACCGUCCAUUGCACGACAUCCGGCACUGGCUGGCAUAGCUGAAGACAGACUCUGUUGCUAUCUUUUCCAGCUUGUCAGGUCUGACAACAUGGCGAUUCUGCAAGAGUCUCUCAUUGUCGCUGGCACCUUACUAGCCACUUGUCGUGGCGUUCUCAAGCUACAACAAGAGCUGUUCCUAUCAUAUCUUGUUGCAUGCCUCCAUCCGUCUGUAGAAAUACCUCGCGAGCCAGGCAUCGAUCCAUCUUUGUACUCUGGCAUACCGCAAUCUCCCAAACUUGUCAAGCCGCCUCCAUCACAAACUAGUAGCGGACGCUCUACGCCCGUACCAGUGAAGGACCGACAGAAACUGGGUCUUGAAGGAGGUGCAAGGAAACCUGACGCCAGGCAGGCUAUGGUCGAAAAUAUUGGCGUUUUGUCGAGAAUGCCUACAUUUAUGGCCGAGCUUUUUGUCAACUAUGACUGUGACGCCGAUCGUGCGGAUCUGUGUGAAGACAUGAUAGGUCUCCUCUCGCGAAACGCACUCCCAGAUUCCGCGACUUGGAGCACCACAAGUGUCCCUCCGCUCUGCCUAGAUGCACUACUGAGGUACAUUCAAUUUAUUGCCGAACGCCUAGACGAACCGUCAGUUGUGAACGGAUAUCCAGAUCCGGUAGAGUUGCGGGAACAACGACGAAAGAAGAAGAUCAUUAUCAAAGGAAUGAGCAAGUUCAACGAGAAUCCGAAAGGCGGCCUGGCAUACCUCGAAGCUCAAGGCAUCAUCGAGGAUGUUAAAGAUCCUGUUGCCGUCGCCAAGUUUUUGAAAGGAACAUCGCGAGUGUCAAAAAAGGUUCUCGGUGAAUACCUGUCUAAGAAGGGCAGUGAAAACGUGCUUGAGGCGUACAUGAAUCUUUUUGACUUUUCGGGAAAACGAGUUGAUGAGGCUCUCAGGGGUCUUCUGGAGACAUUUAGACUUCCCGGAGAAUCGGCCUUGAUUGAGAGAAUCGUUACUUGUUUUGCUGCGAAAUACUGUUCGAAGGCAACGCCAACAGAGGUCGCCAACGCAGAUGCGGUCUUCGUCUUGACUUAUGCCAUCAUCAUGUUGAACACAGAUCAGCAUAACCCUAACCUCAAAGGUCAAAAGCGCAUGACGGUAGAAGAUUUCGCACGAAACCUGAGGGGGGUGAAUGACGGUCAAGAUUUUGCCCCAGAGUACCUGCAGGAAAUAUUUGACAACAUCAGGACUAACGAGAUCAUCCUCCCUGACGAACAUGACAACAAGCAUGCUUUUGACUAUGCCUGGCGGGAGUUGAUCGUUAAAUCCGAGUCUGUCCGGCCGCUGGUUCUUUGCGAUACUAAUAUUUAUGACGCUGAUAUGUUUGCUUCGACGUGGCGACCCAUCGUUUCUACUCUAUCAUAUGUAUUCAUGUCUGCCACUGACGAUGCGGUUUUCGCCAGAAUCGUUACCGGUUUUGAUGAAUGUGCGCGGAUAGCAGCGAAGUAUAAAAACGGUGACGCUCUCGAUCAGAUUAUUUACUCCCUCGGCCACAUGACAACGCUGGCCACCGAGACCCCCUUCAAUACAAGCCUUAAUACCGAAGUCCAGGCUGGUGAGAGCAGUGUUAUGGUCAGCGAGCUGGCAGUCAAGCUAGGAAGGGACUUUAGAGCUCAGCUGGCGACUUUGGUACUCUUCCGAGUCGUUACUGGCAACGAGCACUUGAUUAAUAAUGGCUGGAAAUUUAUCAGUCGCAUUUGGCUGAAUCUCUUCGUCAACUCUCUUCUACCACCGUUUUUCUUGGCGGACUCUCCAGUCAUGGAUAUUACUCCCAUUCCAUUACAGACACCAUCACAAGUCAUCGACCGAGCCUCGAAGGCUGUGGAUACGGGCUUCUUCUCAGCAUUUACCAGCUACAUCUCCAGCUAUGCUGCUGAUGAUCCUCCAGAGCCUUCGGAUGAGGAACUGGAAAGUACCCUCUGUACCGUUGACUGCGUAAACUCAUGCCAUAUGGGUAAUGUAUUCGCCAACAUUUCAAAACUUUCACCUGAUGACCUAGAGCCCCUGGUUGAGGCGCUUUUAAGCGCGCUACCUGAUGAUCACAGUUCAACAGUAAUUGUGGUCAAAUCGGACAACAUGCCCGUCUCGCCUAUGAACGGACAGAAGACAGCUCAAGCCAGCGUCGUUUACGAUCCUGCGGUGGCAUAUAUAUUAGAGUUUGGCACAGUACUUGCUCUUCGGGACCAAGCCACUGUGGAAUUUAUUGGUAAACGUAUCAUCGAAGCUCUACAAUCAGUCCUACGAGACGCCGGUCGGUUCCACUACAUCAUUGUCUCAAGAGCUGCCUUCUAUCUUUUCAAAUUGCUGCAAGUAAGCUAUACUUACGACUACAUCAACGUGCCCGUUCUGCUCCACACAAUCUCGAGCUUCUCGAAGGACAUUCUCGCCAAGACCUCCAUUCUGGUACUACAGGGUCUUAGACUCUGCGUUGAUGAGCCAAGCCCCUUGCGCAACGAAAUCAUGACUUCUCCAGAUUUCUGGGUUAUUAUGCGAUCACUGGCUGUACGACAAGAGUCUGCACCUCUAGUGUUCGAUAUUCUCGAGCUAGGCUGCGGGGGAGCACCACCAGCAAUCAUCGCAGAUAACUACGAGGCGGCUAUUUCGCUCCUUGGCGAGUUUGCGUCGGCGGCUGGCCGGGCUGUAGUGGCGGAGCGUAAGCAAGACACUAGGCAGCGCAAAUCCAAUGAAGACACACGAGAAAAGAGUCUCAACGAAACCAUAGCACGCGGCUCGAAAGCGAUCAACACAGUCUACAGCAUAACGGCCCGCAUUCCUAUUUUGAUGAAGCAGUCUCAUCUUGAGAGUAACGAAGCAUGGUCUGCGUAUUGGUUGCCUGUCUUCCAGGCUUUAACGUUACAAUGCACGAACCCAUGUCGAGAUGUCCGCCUUCAGGCUUUUACGUCACUCCAGCGAUCGCUGCUUUCUCCUGAUCUUACUUGUAGUGACCACAAAGAGUGGAUCGCGAUAUUUGGCGAAGUAUUAUUCCCAUUGAUCCACAAGCUCUUGAAACCAGAAGUUUUCUCGUCGGACCGCGACGGCAUGAGCGAAAUGCGAGUGCAAGCUGCUUCACUGCUAUGCAAGGUCUUCCUUCAAUAUCUGGUACUACUCUCGAAGUGGGACGGCAUGUUGGAUCUAUGGGUUAAAAUCAUUGACAUCAUGGAUCGGUUGAUGAACAGUGGCCAAGGUGACAGUUUGGAAGAAGCAGUUCGAGAGAAUCUGAAGAACGUGGUCCUUUUCAUGGCAAGUAGCGGGUAUUUAGUUGCACCCAGCAAGGACCCUUCCAAAGAAAACCUAUGGGACGAAACCUGGAAACGGAUCGACCGCUUCCUUCCAGAUUUAAAGAAUGACCUGGCUUUGGACGAGCCCAGGACAGAAGAAGAACAGGCACCUGCGUUGGAGGCGAAUGCAUGA